AUGGUCAAACGUCCCCUUAGGAAAAUUCUAGGAAUCCACUCGCUCAAGUUCAGAGAGCUCGAAGCGGUCCUCUUUGAGAUAGAGCGAAUGGUGAACAUGCGUCCGAUUUCGGCCGUCGUCUCCGAUCCAAAUGAGCCCAGAGCCCUCUCUCCUGCCGAUCUCAUGUACGGCUACUCAUCUAAUCAGUAUCUUCCCGAUACAAAACGGAUACUGGCUCAAGCGGAAGGAGCCACGGCAAUCGUUUUUUCCCAACGAUGGAAAGCCCAACAAUCAGCACUCCGGGGGUUCUGGAAACAAUUCCGGAACGAAUACCUGCAGUAUCUCAGAUCGCUCCAUUACAAUAAACCGAACAGCAGCAGACCCCUAGCGGUGGGCGACGUUUGCAUAAUCCAAGCUCCGGACCCAUCUAGGGCUUUCUGGCCCAUUUGCGUGGUUCAAGCUCUUUCCGGCGGGGAGGGCUCUGACCGACGCCAAAGAACCUGUGUCGUCAAAACAGGCAGUGGUCAGAUUCUCAAGCGCCCAAUCCAGCUACUUUACCGCCUAGAGGUUUCGCAAUUCUAA